AUGACAAAUAUUAAGUCUCAUGCAUACACCACAAAGUUAAAGGCGUUGAAUGAAGCUUGUUUCAAGCUAGUGAACAAUGCAAGUAAUUUGCCAUCCUCAAAUGAUAUAACUAGCUUGUUGAAAUUUUUUCAAAACAGCCUAUACAACAUACUCAAGGAUAUACAUGUCCUCUCUGUUGAGCGUUUUAUGAAUAGGAUCAAUGAUCAGGAGUGGAGGUCCAAACAUUUACCUCAACUUGACUACGGAACACUUUAUUUGUGCCUUUUAACAAUUCCAGAGCACAUUCAAAAGCUUACCAACCAGAGCGCUGUUUGUGAACACUUACUACGUACAAUUCAAAGUCUCAUAUUUUGUUUGGAUUAUGACUGUUUAGAAGGUGUACCGUUAGCCAUCACAUGGAUGUUGCUUUAUUUUCCAUCAAAUAUGCAGUCCGGCGUUAUCGAUCUACUAUGUUCAGUGGUGAUACCAUUGAUUUAUAAUAUGUCAGAUGAUCAAGAAUCUUAUGCAAUAGAUUGUAUUCCGUCUAUUUUAACAUUAGUAUUUCAACAUGUAGAAAAAGUUGAAUAUCAUGUUUGGGUAUUAGAAAGCUUUAUGUCCAGAAAGAAAGAUUUAUAUAAAGACUUACUAAUGAUCAUAGCUUAUGGACCAACAGAAGCUAGACUUCCAGCUGUUUGUUUAUUUUUUCAUUAUUGGCCAGAAAAUUAUCCGACAGCAUUCUAUGGAAAUCAAGCGUUACAACCAAUACAUUAUACAUGGGAAUCUUGGAAACCGAUUAUGUGUUACAGAAAUGACUGUCCUAAUAAAACUGGAAAAGCUUUGGCAAUGAAGAUGACUGUUAACCCAAAAAUAUCAAUUCAACAAAGUGGUAAACCACCACCUUUGUACGUUUGCUUAGAUUGUGCUGAUGCAUUAAACCGUUUGGAUUUUGACCAAUUAAUUGAUAUUCUUUUACCGACAAAACAGAUAAGUCUAACAUGUGAAUCAAAAACCUGUCGCAGUAAAAACAACUCAGCUUCCGUUACAUGCUGGUCUACUGGUUGUACAUAUUUAACAGGAAAUAGAGCUAUAAGAUUAUGUGAAUUAUGCCAUUCACUGCGGCACAUUUAUCCCGAUAUAAAUCAACCAUCAGUUGAUCGAAACAAGAAACAAAUGGAUACAAAUUUAACUCAAAAUACUUCUGAUACUACUACUGUCUUUGAAGUUACCAAUAGCACUGGGAUUAACAACGAUAAUAAUGAAGAAGAUGGUCACAGUACGACACACAUUUAUCAAAGUUCAUUACCAGAUGUAUGGGAUAUGUCGAUUGAUUCUCAACCUUGCAUGAUUCAAGCAAUAAUAUCAUUAACAUUGGAAACAAUGCCACGCUGGCGUCAAGUACUACUAGGGGGCGUUGAAAAUGGAGACGAAAGUACUAAUCGCAUAGUAGCUGGCUUAACAUGCCCUAGUUCCUCUGCUCCUGGCGGUCCGACAUCCACUAAUGAAAUGGUUAUGAUUGGACUAAGUGGUGGGAGUCUAGUUUCUUCAAAUCUAUCUGGAAAUCUCAUAAAUACUACAAAUGCAAUUCAAGUAGGUGGAAGUACAACAGGACAAACGAACUUCAGUGAUUUUGGAACAAGCCCAAUAGCCGGAACAACAACUCGUAACCAAACAACUUCUGGUAGUUGUGUUGGUAAUAGUGGAAUCGCUGGUAUUAACGAUUUCGCAAAUAACACUGGGACAGAAACUGGAGCAAUUACACUGCUUGGUCGUUAUCGUGAUGAAGAUCAUAGAGUUUUGGCAAUAUACGGUGCUUUCCUAGUAGGUGAAAAAUGUCGACCACGUGAACGAAUUAAUAUUGAAUUACUUACAAGAAUCACAGCUGGUAUUUUUAACUGGUUUAUGGAUACCAUCUAUACAGCAGAAGCAAGUAUCACAUUCGACGGUCGAGGAAAUUUGAGACGACGAUAUGAGUUGGGUGACUUGUUGGAACGAAUUAAAAGUGAAUACAUUCUGAAAUGGAUCCAAGAAGUCCAUCGUCUUCAUCCGGAAGCAAUCUAUGCAGUAUUGCUUCCUCAUCCCUUAAAUUAUGCUCGAGUUGGAAGCUGCUGGGAUUCAAUCAGUGAUCACUUGUCAAGAGUUAAACAUGGUCUCAGCCGUAUUGGUAGUUUAAUACCAUAUGAUAUUAUUACGUUUGAGACUUGGGAUUUUGUAAUGCCAUACUGGUUAGAAUCAAUUCGAACUGAAGUUUCAAGAGCUGAUUAUCCAGAAUUAGAAAUUCUUCUGAAAAAAAUUUUUGAUGCGACUGCUGGACCAUUUCCAUUUUUACCACAGAAAGUUUAUCAUUUUGCCAGUGAACGUUUUAUCAAUACUCCAGUUAGCGUGCAAGAUCAAGCUUUAAGUUGGUUAGAGAUUUUAACCAUUGUAGAGGUUCCGAUCCCUAUGAAAGAACUACUUACAAUGUUUGCAGCUGGUGUAGCAUCACUGUUUUUAGAAUUGUUGUUACCUACAAAUGAUGAGUCAGAUAAUGACUACUUGACAGAUCAGGAUGAAUAUGAUGAUUCAUUAGGUCAGAACACUGCUAGCGAAGCUGAUUGGCUAAAUGAAAAUGGAUUUUUGUCAGAAAAUGUUGUUCAUGAAGAUCGUUUACAGGAUGAAGAGAAUGAGAAUGAAUAUAUAGUGGAAGGUGAAGAAGAUGACGAUAUUACAUUGGACGAAACAAAAAGUCUUUUGUCCUACAGUGCAGAUGAUAAAAACACUUCUAAAUCAUAUACAUCCAACAAUUCUCGCAAAGCAAAUAAACAAUAUCCAACAAAACAAAUUACAAUGACUGAAUCUAAUAUUCAUCAAAAUAAUUCAUGUUUGGUAACAAAUGAUUCUAAUUUAAAAAGUCAAAAUCUUUUAUUGUUUAAUGUUAAAACCGAUGAAAGCUUCCAAAAUAAAUCGAUAAAUCAGCAAAAUAUUACGGACGAAAAUGAUGCACAACAACUAACUCAGGAAUCUGAAAAUAAAGAUACACGUGAAUUAACAACUGAUCAAAAGAUUAAAAAAAAUAAUUCUCAAAUUAAUCAAUAUAGAAUCACUGCUUGUUUAACACAAAUGCUAGAUAUUGCAUAUCGACAGCUAAAAAUUUUGGAUCCAAUUGGACAUUCUGGUUAUACGCAAGAAACACCGCAAUUAUUAAUAUGGCUUUUAGGUGAUAUGUUGGAAUUGUACUGGGGUAAUGUUGCUGAGACAGACGAUCAAACAACAAGUUCAGGUUUAAGAAAUCUACAUUGCCUUGGUUUGGAAACUUGUAUUCUACCAAAAUCUAAAAACAAAUCAGAAAUGAAACCUCCAAUAUCAACGACUUCAGCCCAUAUGACCGAAAAUAAUGAUGAAAAUAAUAUUAAUCAAAUUAAUCUAAACAAACAAACAGAUAAUGCUAGUGAAUGUAUUGACUGUCUAGAUAUGCUCACGUGGUUUAACUAUGCUAGAUUGAUAUGUCAGCACUUAGCACCAAUAAGACCAACUCCCAAAGUUACAGUUGAUUUUACCGUUGAUGCAUUAAAAGCUGUGGUAGAUUUCCCAGAGUAUACUGAUUGGAGUGAUUCUGGUGACAACGAAACGUCAGAAAUUAAAUCUUUAGCUCCUGGACCAGACGUUACUGAAACCUCUGAAAAACUCCCAUCUUCUGAAGAUUUAUGUUCCAUUCCUCCCGUACUGCGUCUUACUUAUUUAUUGACGCGAUUUGUGAAGGAAGGUACGCGUCGUUACGUUGAAUAUGGAGACCUGAAUAGGGAGCCGGAUAGUUUAUUUCGAGACACAACAUCAGUGACAAUAAAAGAAGAACAUCCGACUUCCUGUUCUUCAGUUUCAUCUGUAAACAAAACAGUUAUCGAACUGAAAACGUUUCGCGAUCCUGUCGUAUUGCAAUGUAUUUUAGAAUGCCUAGCAUAUCUAUGUCAUAUUGGUGAUGCACUGAGACAAAUUUUAACAAAAGCAGAAAAAGAAGAACAAAAAUUGCUUACUAAUGGAUCCAGCGGUUCAACAUCAAUAUCAACUAAUACAGUAACAGCUGGAGGAGUAACCACCAGCAGUGUAGCAAAUAUUGUGAGUACCACAACAACAGGACCACUUGGUAUUAGCAGUCUAAUAGGAUUAACUGGAAGUAAACUAACAAGUCAAAUGACUAGUCAAGAUCCAUCAACUAAAGGACAGCUAUUACAAAGUACAAAGACGUUAACAUCGCGAAAUUGUACUGCGACACCGAAAGCACAGAAAAAUUUUGUUUAUUAUUUAAUACAUUCUCAUUUAAUCCCAAGUUUCUGGAGUUUACUGAAAUCAGAAUUAUCAUAUUUAGCAAGUUGGACAGUUCCCUUAGUUCUUCACUGUUUAUCAUUUCCUGGUGGAUUUAAUGUAUUCUGGAAAUUAAUUGAACAUGAUUUUUCACAUUGUGAUUGGAGAAUUCGUUUUGAUGCAAUAGAAAAAGUAUCAGUAUUACUUAGAGAAUUAGAUUAUUGUAUAUUAGCCGGUGGUUUCAGUGGUUCAGCUGGAAAUAAACUUAAUCACUUAUUAUCUGGCGGAAAUGAUCCUAAUUCAACGGUGGCACAAUAUACUUCAAUGCAAAUUGCAUCAUUAAAUAAUAUUUCUUUAGCUUGUGCAAUACAAUGUUUAGAAUUUCAAUUCGAUACUGUAAUUUCUGACCGCUGUCUUAUUUUACAACGCAUGCACCAACUCAGUUGCAGUCUACCGAACAGAGAAAUAUUUACAUGGGACUUUUUUGUUAAUCGCUUUGGUAUAUUAGCUAUACAGGCUCAAUUAGGCAAUUCACCUGGUCAAGUUGAUAUCGAUUCAGUGACAGAUUUAAAUGGAUCACAUCGUACUGGUGAACAUUUUCAAAAUCAAUUUGAACGCGCAGCUUUUGCAAUUCAUAAAAGUUCUGGAAUUAAGUCAAUCAGUUUAAAUUCUCAUGCUUAUUCAUUGAGAUUCAGUACACACACAGUUGGAAGUUUUACUCAAACACAACAAUCUCAAUUACAAAUAAAUCAACAAUCACUGAUUUUUAAUUCAGGUUCAACUACACAAAUACGAGAAGAAUGUAAAAAUGAGAAUGAUGGAAAAAGGAAACCUUCAAUUCAGAUUGGAUCAGAUUCUGGUAUGAUAGAUGGCGUACAAAGACCACAUUUUAGAUUUAGUCAUGGUGGUAGAAGAUCUCGUCCAUCAAUAUCAUCUGUUUGUGGUUUAUUAACAGGUGGUCUACAUGCUAGUGAAUUUGUUGAUAGUAAUAACAAAUUUUUAAGUUCAAUACAACAAGCAUUAGAUCUGGACGGCGAUGAACGUGACACACUACAUCAAUGGGUUCGUUUAUUACUCAAGUUUAUGUCUACAGUUCAAUUGGAUUUAAAACUGGAUGAAAGUUUUACAGGUGGAACUAGCGGAGCUAAUAGUGGUGGUGACGGAGGUGUUGGCAGUGGAAUCGGAAGCAGUGGUGGUGGGAGUGUCAGUAGUGGACGUCACAAUAUGGCAAACAAGUCUAGGGACGAAUUAAAAGACAGAAAAGCUCUAAGCAAAGCACAAAGACAUUUAGCAUUCUUACUUGGUUAUACGGAUGGUUCAUUUGAUAUACCCCCACACAAAAUGAGAAAUUCCACUGUUUUUCAUGCAUUUUUGGCACAUGUCGCUGGUGUUCUCGAUCGUAAUUUUAGCAUGGGCUGUUGUAUUUUACAUCAAACUCUAGUCGUUUUACAAUUCUGUGCAUCACCUCAACGUUAUGCUACCGAUACACAACCGCCAACAUUUACUUUGAGAUUAUUAGAACCACAAGUUAGGCUUCAUUGGCUCCAAACACUUUUAGUCAUUCUGUAUAAAUAUGAAUACAAUACACCAGGUGGCAAUCUUACCGGAAAUACAAAUAUUUCCAGCGCUAUCUCCUAUAGUUCAAGUAUAGUGGCUUCUCAUAUUUCUAACCCACCCAAUAAUACAACUGGAGGAGUUGGAACAUUCACUAGCAAUACAAACAGUAACAACAUCAGUCGUGCACACAAAACAAGUUCAGGAAGUGAAACACAACUACAAUUGGAUAACGCAACUGGAAAUUCAUCCGGCGUUGGAAGUAACAGUAAUAGACUAAAUCCUGGUGGUGGCAAUGUCAGUACCAGUGGUGGUGGUGGUGGUAGUAAUGCUACUAAUGCAUCUGCUUCAUAUCAGUUCACCCCCUCCAACCUACUUGGAGGGGGUGGAGGAAACACAAAUCUUUUUUCAUCACCAUCAAACGUCAUUGGUGGAACUAGGGGUAUGAUAGAAUAUUUAAUACAAAUUGUUCUAAACACUUUGGAUUCACAUGUUCAUGUUUGCCGAGAUCGUCCAAAUGAAGAUUUAAUUGCUCCAUUUAAUUCACAGCUGAGAUUAAGAGGACUUUCAGGAUUACCAACCGAGGCAAGUAAUGUAAGUGCAGAUUUUAAUACAAUCUUAGAAACUGCAACGCCACCAGCUACACCAAUUAAAGAAGAAUAUGAUGAUGAUGACGAAAAUACAGUUAUUAUGCCUGGUGUAACUAUCAAUCUAUUACCGUCAUGUAACGAAUUAAAUGAGAAAUCUAAUUUAGACAUGAAUACAAGUCAACCUCAAAAACAACGAACUACUUCUGACAAUGCAACUGAUGUGAUUUGUAUGGCGAAGAAACAUGAUAAUGAGCAAAUGACAUUCACUGGAAAGGAAACUGAUGUACAAAGCGGGAAUAAAGUAACUAUUGCUGAUGGUGAGGACGAUCUCGGUGAAUCGAAGAAACAUGAUGAACAAAACAGUAAAUCAUCCGACCUAUUAAGUGGGAGUAGUUUGCCUCACCGAAAUGUUGUUUAUAAAAAGAUCAUUACCCCCAAAUUAGUUAUCUCAAUGAAUAAGCAUAUACCACAACGACAUCAACUUAAUGACCAACAUUCGUUAAAUAACUCAUUCAUUCCCGAAGAGAAAAAUGAGAAUAAACAAAGCACUACAUCAAUUGAUCCAUGUACAGUAACACAAGAUGAACAAUCAAUCAUUACGCCUCUUCUAACGGAUAGUGAAUUGACUGCAGUCUCAGAAACUACUCCUGAAUCAAUUAAAAUGCAAGCAUGUGAAGAACAGUUAAGAAGAGGAUCUACUGACUGUAAAUCACCCAAGAAAGUAACACUAAAAUUCCCAAAACGUAGUUCAGCAUUUGUCUUUCAAGAUGAAAAAAAACCCAAGCCAAGCAGAACUGAUUCAUCUAGUCAUAUUCAACAAACACAACCUUUAGACUCACUGUCUGACUCAGUACAUCAGAUACACAAAAGUAAACGUACAAAUUUCCAACAAAGUAAACCUACGAUGCCAGUAAUUUCUACUUCAUCACAUCCGUUAGAAUCUAGAGAUGAUUUGUUAUCCCAGAAUAAUGCUUCUACUAAAGAUUCAUCAAAUAUUAAUUCACUAACUGUAGAUCGUUCACGAUCUAUUACUGAAGGUUAUAAUUUAUUUGAAGGGAUAAAAUCAGAUAAAAAAUCAGAAAGUACAAAGAAGCAUAGUUAUAUACCAUCUUCUUCUUAUGCUACUGUCACUACUUCUCUACAUACUACAAAUGCAAAUGUUCAGUCUCAUAUUUCUAGUACAAAUACAGUGCCUAGUUUAACAGCCGCUGCAAUAACUAUGGCAUUGACCACUGAAAGAUGUCCAUGGUGUCAGUGUAUUCUAGAUCAUUACGAUGAAAAUACUAUUGGUUUAGGUAUUCUAUGUUUAUCUACAUUUGUGCAUCGUGAACCUGGUUUAGCAGCUCCAUAUUUACGCGAUAUGUUGCUUAUUACAGCACGUCUAGCCAAUGCAUAUUUUUAUUCUUGGCAACCUGAACUUCCACAUGUGAUUAGUCCAGGAAAUGUGGCAAGCAUUGCUCAUCAGUUUCUUCGUUGUACAAUGUAUAAUUUAGCCCCGAAUGGCCUGUUUACUCAACUUUUCAAACUCAUAUUACAGAUGAUAACUUCUUUAGAACAAUCAUUUCUGUGCUAG